AUGUUCUCACCAUCACCAUCAUCUUCAGAAGAAAAAGAACAACAAAUAGGACCAUUAUCACCAUCGUCUAUGAUUCAACAACAAGUAACAUCUCCAUCUUCAUUUUCAAAACAACAAAUAGGACCAUUAUCACCAUUGUCUGUCAUUCGACAACAAGUAACAUCUCCAUCUUCAUUUUCAAUGGUAAAUAUACAGCAACACGCCUUAUUGUCUUCUAUCAACGAUGAGCAUAUAACGAAAACACUCUCGUCUUUCACAAAUAAACCAGAAGACGAAUCUUCAUCGCGUUCAGAAGCAUUAUCCUCAUCAGUAUCAUGUUCAAACAUAUGUGUAUUACGUUUUACAGAUAUUAGUCGUUCACAUGAUGAAGGUCCUACACAGCCGAAACUUGUUUCUUAUCCGAUUAACAAAGACAAACGAUGUUUUCGUAGCAAAUGGUUCUCAGCGUUUGUAUGGUUGGAAUAUUCUGUUGAAAAAGAUUUGUCUUUCUGCUUCUACUGCAGACAUUUCUUGAAUGGUUCGAAUUUGAGUAACCGAGAUCAAUCUGAUGCGUUUUUAGUUGGAUUUUCGCGAUGGAAACGAGCGUUCUGUAAGAAACAAGGUUUUUUAAGACAUCAAACUAGCCGGUGCCAUAUUAUAGCUGAAAAGAAUUAUAAAGAAUAUCUUCUACGUAGAGAGUCUUCUUCAUCUGUCGUUCAUGUGAUGGACAAAUCUCGACAAGAAGCAAUAAAAAAUAAUCGUCAGAAAUUGAUGAAAAUUGUAUGUUUAUUACAUUUAUGUGCUCGACAGAUGAUAGCCUUAAGAGGGCAUGAUGAAAGUGAAGGAUCAUCAAAUAGAGGUAACUUCUUAGAAUUGCUUCGUUGGGCAGCUACUGAUGAUCCUAUUGCUGCAACUAUUCUUGAUGAAAGUGCAAAAAACUCUAAUUAUCUUAGUCCAUUAAUACAGAAUGAAUUAAUUGGUUUGAUGGCUACUCAUAUUCGAAAGAAAAUCUCUGAAAAAAUCAAAGGACGUUUUUUUUCUCUCAUGGCUGAUGAAACGAGAGACAUAUCUGGAAAAGAACAGCUGAGUAUUGUGGUACGUGUUGUUGAUCCCAAUGUGAACAUGAAUGAAGGCCAAAGUGAACAAUCACCAGUCAAAGAAUUUUUCCUUGGUUUUAUCAAACUUGAUGAUUUUGAUGCUGAGAGUUUGACGCAUGAAAUUGUUCGUUUUUUGUUAUCCGUGAAUAUUGACAUACAAAACUGUAUAGCUAUUUGCUUUGAUGGUGCUUCUGUUAUGUCCGGGAGGCACGCUGGUGUGCAAGCACUGCUACGCCAACGAUAUAUUCCUAAUGCGAUCUAUGUGCAUUGUUAUGCACAUAAGUUAAACCUAGUUAUAUGUGAUAUUACAAAAGGUGUACCUUAUCUAUCAGAAUUUUAUUCAAUUAUAAGUAAGAUCAAUCGGUAUUUUAAUCAAUCAAGUGUUUGCAAUGAAACAUUUAAACAUGUUCAACAACAGCUAAAAUUAGAUUGUUCUAAGCAGUGCAUCACCACCAUUAAAACUUGGGCUGAAACACGAUGGGAUAGUCGUUGGACAUCUAUUCACUCUAUUAUAGAAAAUUAUCAAGCUUUAAUAUUAAGUUUAGAUGAACUAGAAAAUGAAAGUACUGAACGUUCAAUAGAUGCAAGAGGACUAUUAUUAUCAUUGAAAGAGUCUUUAUUCAUUGUAACAAUUUUUAUUCUGCAUUGUAUUCUUGGUAAAAUCAAAAUAUUAUCUGACCAAUUGAAAUCCAAAUCAUUAGAUUUUGGUACAGCUCAUAAAUUAAUUAGCAAUGUUAUGAAUGAAAUUGAUGCACUUCGAAAUGAACAAGAGUUUUCUAAAAUAUUUGAUCGAAUUACUGAAUUUUGUACUAGUAAUAAUAUUGAGUUAGGUGUCAAUAGGAAAGAGAAACGGUUAAAAACAACUUCAACAAGAUUUAAAGAUUUUCUAGUCACGAGUACUAUUGGUGAACGAGAAAAUAUUGAUACUCAAUCUAAAUAUAGAACGUUUAUCUUUUAUCCAGUCAUUGACUCGAUUCUUGUGGAGAUGAGAUAUCGUUUUUCAACAACGAACAUCGAUAUACUUCGUGGUGUCUCAUCUUUAUCACCUGAAGCUGCAACAUUUUUAAAAUUAGAAGAAUUAAAACCUUUGUGUAUAAUGCUUCAUCAGGACGCUGUAUUACUAAACAAUGAAAUUGAAGUAUUAAAACCAAUGUUAAAAAAAUCGAAGUCAAAAAAUGUAAUUGAUUUAUAUUAUGAAACGUUACCAUUUCAUCAAGCUUUUCCAACUACUUUAUUACUUCUUACAGGUGCUAUUACACUGCCAGUAUCAUCUACUACCACUGAACGAACGUUUAGCAAAAUGAAACUCAUAAAAACAACGGCGCGCAAUAUUGAUGGAGAACAAAGGUCCUUAUUUCAUGGGAUGGAUGCAACAGAACAAGAAAUAUUUACAAUUAUUAAUAAUCAUCGUCAACAAAAUGGUUUAUCAUUACUUCAACCAUCUGUUAAUCUUGCUUAUGUUGCUCAUACACAUGCUAUUGAUGUUAUUGAAAAUGAUCCGGAUGUUAAUGGUGGUAAUAUGCAUAGCUGGAGUAAUAAAGGAAAAUGGAAACCAGUUAGAUAUACACCUGAUCAUGCACAAGCCCAGUUAAUGUGGAGUAAACCAUCUGAAAUAAGUAAUUAUAAAUUUAAUGGUUUUGAAAUUUCAUUUGGUUAUGCACAAAAUGUAAGAAAAACAAUGACAGUUAAUCCAACAGUUGCUGUUAAUAGUUGGAAAAAGAGUGAAGGGCAUAACAAUGUUAUAAUUCAACAAGGUGCUUUCAAAAAUACACCAAUGAAAGCCAUGGGUGUUGGUGUUUAUAAAGGAUAUGCAUGUGUAUGGUUUGGCCAACAAGCGGACACAUAUCCAGCCCCUGCAUAA